AUGCACCCCCCACAAGCCGUCUGGGAACUCAUGUUCCCAAUUGUUAGCCACGGACCCAACGCCGAAGCAGAAGCCAUCAAGAAGGGUUCUGCGGUACAGCUUCAAGGAAGCAGAACGGGCCCCCAUGAUCAAUGGAUCAAAGUCAGCGACACCGACACUGGCAAGAUUGUAACCGGGGCGUUGUGGAAAUUCUACAACUCGAAUCCGUAUCGGGUGCCGUUCGGCGAGUUCGACCCGACAUGGUUCUCCGAGGGCGAGCCGAGGGACUUGUGUAACUCGAUGAAUACGCAGUUGAGGGCUUGGAGACCUGAGACCAUGGCUGCGCCGCAUGCAUUACUCAAAAUUUUAUUCACACAUCCGGAGGACCGCAAUCGGGGAGUGGCUGGGCUGUUGGUGGAGUGGGGGACACGUAAGGCUGAUAAAAGGGGCCUGGAAGCGUAUGUGGAAGAAGGCCAGCUCGUACAUCUUCACCUCGAUCUCGCGGACCUAUCAACGAUCAAAGCAUCCGCUGAAGCCUUUCUCGCCAAGAACACCCGGCUGGACAUUGUCUUCAACAACGCAGGCGUCCUAUUACCACCGCAAGGUAGCAAAACAGCUCAGGGCCGCGAGCUACAAAUCGGCACCAACUGCCUGGACCUGCUCCACUUCACGAAGCUCCUGCGGCCCAUGCUCGCCGUCACGGCCAAAACAGCGGCAAAAUCCUCCAUCCGCGUCGUCUGGGUCUCAUCCAACAGCGCCAAGAUAUCCAGCCCGCAAAACGGCAUCGACAUGACCGACAUCGAUUAUCACAUCGACAAGAACGCAGUGACGAAAUGCGGCACCAGCAAAGCGAGCGACAUCUUCCACAGCAGCGAGUCCGCGUGA